GCUGUAUUGCUGAAGUCCCUAUCUGCUUCACCCAGACCUCCAGACCACGUGCCCCAUGCUGUGAGACCAGGAGGACCUUGGUGUUCUGAAAUGAAGAUGGAGGCAGUGGGAAAAGCAGAAGAACUUGUUGAUUCAGAAGUUCCACCAAAGACUUCUGAAAAGCAAGAGACUGCUCCUGAUGAAGAUGGACCUAUAGAACUCGAGACGCAAACUCAGAAGGACGAUGUGCCUGCUGCAGCAGACCCCGCAGUGCUCUCUUCAAUGCCUUGCUUACUUAUGGAAUUGAGGCGAGACUCCUCGGAGUCUCAGCUAGCAUCUACAGAAAGCGACAAGCCAACAAGUGGUCGAGUUUACGAGAGUGACUCUUCUAAUCAUUGCAUGCUUUCCCCUUCUUCCAGCGGGCAUUUGGCUGACUCAGAUACGUUGUCUUCCACAGAAGAGAAUGAGCCCUGUCAAGCCGAAGCUGUUGUAGAGGGAGACCCUUCUGCGGUGUCUGGGACUGCAGUUGGGAGGAAGUCCAGGCGAUCCAGGUCCGAAAGUGACACUUCAACAAUGGCUGCCAAGAAAAACCGACAGUCUAGUGAUAAGCAGAAUGGUCGAGUUACCAAGGUAAAAGGUCAUCGAAGCCAAAAGCACAAAGAAAGAAUCCGGCUCUUAAGACAGAAACGGGAGGCAGCUGCUCGCAAGAAGUACAACCUGCUGCAGGACAGCAGUACCAGUGAUAGUGACCUGACGUGUGACUCGAGCACGAGUUCUUCAGAUGAUGAUGAAGAGGUUUCAGGGAGCAGCAAGACAAUCACUGCAGAGAUACCAGAUGGACCUCCAGUUGUAGCUCAUUAUGAUAUAUCAGACACAAACUCAGACCCAGAAGUGGUAAAUGUGGACAAUCUGUUGGCGGCUGCAGUAGUUCAAGAGCAUAAUAAUUCUUUAGGAAACCAGGACUCGGGAUCUUCCUGGAGAACCAGAGGGCUGCCAGAUGAGCUGAGUGCUGAUGCAGGUAAUUUGGAUCCAGGCUUCCUUGCAAGUGACAAAACCUCUUCUGGUAAUGCCCAGAUCAACGAAGAAAUUAAUAUUGCCUCUUCUGAUAGCGAAGUAGAGAUUGUUGGAGUCCAGGAACAUGCCAGGUGUGUGCAUCCCAGGGGAGGUGUGAUUCAGAGCGUGUCUUCCUGGAAGGAUGGCUCAGGCUCACAGUACAUUAACGCUCAGCAAACACAAUCAUGGACAACUGUGACUCCCCAGCAGAAUUGGUCUUCGCCCACAGAAGUAGUAGACCUCACUUUGGAUGAGGAUACCAGACACAAAUAUCUACUGUAAUGCAGUGUCACUGUGUUUCUGUCCCCACUCCUUCUCCCCUUUGUGGCACAGAAGUUCAUUGUUAAAGCUUCAGCUUCAGAAGCCCUGUUCCUGGCAUUAAGAAAUUCAAACUCGUUAAGUUUUUCGUUUCCAUAAGAAUGUGGUAUAGUUUCCAUAUCAUUUAGAAUGGUUUUGCCUUCUCAAAGGAAGAUUCCUCCCAGAAUUAAAAGCAAAUAGCUCC